GGUUCUGAACAGAGAAGGCUGUUUGUAACCUAGUUAAUGGAGAUUGGAGAUGGUUGGAGAGCCGGAACAGUUAUUAGCUAAGGAAGAGAUCAGUAUAGUAGUUGCUCAGUUGCUGUAGCAUCAAGAUUCAAAGAUUUCAACAGUUUUGUACGUUGGGCCGCACGUGAACAGCUCACCAUUGAGAGAGCGGGGGGUAGGGGGACUGUCACUUUAACAGCUUCUCGGGAAUAGGGCCCUGGCUCUAGUUCUUCGAAGUGAGAAUGAAUUGCCGGCGAUAAUCCUGGGCUAGGACGAGGGAGUGGCGACAAGGAAGUUUUUUUGUUUUUUUGGUUUUUGAGAGCGAUUUUUCGACGAUUUCGAAGUUUCAUCAAGACGAAAGCGACAUUCCCCACUCGCAUAUACUGCCCGGGAGAUCCUCAUCCUCGACUGGCCACCAAUCGAACUCCGAUGUGGACAAACGGUCAGGGGUAUUGCGGUAGUUUCGGAUAGUUGUAGUAUACAGAUCAGACCAUAUAGUUGUUGCUAUAUAUUUGUUCGUACUUUUCCAGAGUCGUCCCUCCAGAAAAUCCAAGCAAAGAGAUUUGAUUCAGGAACCCGAAUUUGAGUCACGCUCAGACUCCGGCCCAAAACAGAGUGAACUUGAUUAGCCAUGGACCUGGACAUGGGAGCCAUGGCUGCCGCGAUUGGGGUGUCGGUCCCGGUGCUCCGGUUCCUCCUCUGCUUCGCGGUCACCAUACCCGUCAGCUUUCUCUGGAGGUUCGUCCCAGGCCAAGUCGGCAAGCACCUUUACUCAGCCUUCUCGGGCGCUGUGCUCUCCUACCUUUCAUUCGGAUUCUCUUCCAAUCUGCACUUUUUGGUCCCCAUGCUGUUGGGUUACACUUCCAUGGUCCUAUUUCGCUCUCGGUGUGGCAUCAUCACGUUCUUCCUGGGAUUCGGCUAUCUCAUUGGCUGCCACAUGUAUUACAUGAGCGGUGAUGCAUGGAAGGAAGGAGGUAUUGAUGCCACUGGAGCGUUGAUGGUGUUAACUCUUAAAGUCAUUUCAUGUGCAAUAAAUUACAAUGAUGGGCUGUUAAAAGAGGAAGGCUUGCGUGACACUCAAAAGAAAAAUAAGUUGAUUGAGUUGCCCUCAUUGAUUGAGUACUUCGGUUAUUGCCUCUGCUGUGGUAGUCACUUUGCUGGUCCAGUAUAUGAAAUAAAGGAUUAUCUUGACUGGACCGAAGGAAAGGGGAUUUGGAGCCAUUCAGAGACAGGACCGUCACCAUCACCAUAUUGGGCCACAGUUAGAGCCCUUGUUCAAGCUGCUUUUUGCAUGGCCUUGUAUCUGUACCUGGUACCUCAGUUUCCUUUGUCCCAGUUUACCGAUCCCAUAUACCAAGAAUGGGGAUUCUGGAAACGGAUGUUUUACCAAUACAUGUCUGGCUUUACAGCACGCUGGAAAUAUUACUUCAUCUGGUCAAUUUCAGAGGCCUCUAUCAUUAUUUCUGGCCUGGGUUUCAGUGGCUGGACUGAAUCAUCUCCGCCAAAGCCAUGCUGGGAUCGUGCCAUAAAUGUUAACAUUCUAGGUGUUGAGUUGGCAAAGAGUGCAGUGGAGCUGCCACUUGUGUGGAAUAUACAAGUCAGCACCUGGCUGCGUCAUUAUGUUUAUGAGAGACUCGUUCAGAAGGGGAAAAGGCCUGGUUUCUUUCAAUUGCUAGCUACACAGACUGUCAGUGCUGUUUGGCAUGGAUUAUAUCCUGGGUACAUCAUAUUCUUUGUUCAGUUAGCAUUGAUGAUUGCUGGUUCAAGAGUCAUUUUCAGGUGGCAGCAAGCUGUGCCUGGCCUGAUUAAGAAGCUACUGGUGUUUUUAAACUUUGCUUGCACACUUUUGGUUCUAAACUACUCCUGUGUUGGUUUCUUGGUAUUAAGCCUGCACGAAACACUUGCAUCAUAUGGAAGUGUAUAUUUUGUUGGAACCAUUCUUCCCAUAGUAUUGAUCCUCCUUGGUAACGUAAUUAGACCUACAAAGCCAGUCAGAUCUAGAGCUCAAAAAGAACAGUGAGGUAGGAAAGGGCUUUAUCUUCUCUUUACAAUGCUGUAGAUGAGAUUAGGAGAUUGGAAGAGCACUGUUGCCCAUGGUUUCACCUUCAUCUUGGCGAUCCAUGAUGGCAUGUAACCUCUGAUCUCAGCUGUGGAGCCUCUUCACUUUGGCUUCAGUGUUAAGAUUUUUGCUUUAAAUUGUUUAAAUUCCAACCACUUGGUUAGGCCUUCAGAUA